AUGUGAAUAGAGAUUGGCCUUCCUCUUUAACUGUUGAAGGUAUUAAAACAAAAUGGAAAACAUUUGGCUUCCUGAAUGACAUGGCUGCAGUCAACAUGCUGAGCUGGUGAUGAAGCAUGAACCCUUGAUUUUGCAACACCAGAGCAAAGCACCAGAUUGUAAACAUGGCUGUGUGGAUCCAGGCCCAGCAGCUGCAAGGAGAUGCCCUCCAUCAGAUGCAAGCCUUGUACGGCCAGCAUUUCCCCAUCGAGGUGCGCCAUUACUUAUCCCAGUGGAUCGAAAGCCAACCUUGGAGAACAUUAAGGCCACCCAGCUCCUGGAGGGCCUGGUGCAGGAGCUGCAGAAGAAGGCGGAGCACCAGGUGGGGGAAGAUGGGUUCUUGCUGAAGAUCAAGCUGGGGCACUACGCCACGCAGCUGCAGAACACGUAUGACCGCUGCCCCAUGGAGCUGGUCCGCUGCAUCCGGCACAUUCUGUACAAUGAGCAGAGGCUGGUCCGAGAAGCCAACAAUGGUGCCUCUCCAGCCGGGAGUCUUGCCGACAUCAUGUCCCAGAAACACCUUCAGAUCAACCAGACCUUUGAGGAGCUGCGGCUGGUCACGCAGGACACCGAGAACGAACUGAAGAAGCUGCAGCAGACUCAGGAGUACUUCAUCAUCCAGUACCAGGAGAGCCUGAGGAUCCAAGCUCAGUUUGCCCAGCUGGCCCAGGUGAACCCGCAGGAGCGUCUGAGCCGGGAGACAGCCCUGCAGCAGAAGCAGGUGUCCCUGGAGGCCUGGCUGCAGCGCGAGGCCCAGACGCUGCAGCAAUACCGCGUGGAGCUGGCCGAGAAGCACCAGAAGACCCUGCAGCUGCUGCGCAAGCAGCAGACCAUCAUCCUGGAUGACGAGCUGAUCCAGUGGAAGCGGCGGCAGCAGCUGGCCGGGAAUGGGGGGCCCCCUGAGGGCAGCCUGGACGUGCUGCAGUCCUGGUGUGAGAAGUUGGCCGAGAUCAUCUGGCAGAACCGGCAGCAGAUCCGCAGAGCUGAGCACCUCUGCCAGCAGCUGCCCAUCCCCGGCCCCGUGGAGGAGAUGCUGGCCGAGGUCAAUGCCACCAUCACAGACAUCAUCUCCGCCCUGGUGACCAGCACGUUCAUCAUUGAGAAGCAGCCCCCUCAGGUCCUGAAGACCCAGACCAAGUUUGCAGCCACCGUGCGCCUGCUGGUGGGGGGGAAGCUGAACGUGCACAUGAACCCCCCCCAGGUGAAGGCCACCAUCAUCAGCGAGCAGCAGGCCAAGUCGCUGCUCAAGAACGAGAACACCCGCAAUGAGUACAGUGGGGAGAUCUUGAACAACUGCUGUGUGAUGGAGUAUCACCAGGCCACAGGCACGCUCAGCGCCCACUUCAGGAACAUGUCCCUGAAACGCAUCAAGAGGUCUGACCGUCGUGGGGCAGAGUCAGUAACCGAAGAAAAAUUCACAAUCCUGUUUGAAUCACAGUUCAGUGUUGGUGGAAAUGAGCUGGUCUUUCAAGUCAAGACCCUGUCCCUCCCGGUGGUGGUGAUUGUCCACGGCAGCCAGGACAACAACGCGACGGCCACGGUUCUCUGGGACAAUGCUUUUGCGGAAUCUGGCAGGGUGCCCUUUGCCGUGCCUGACAAAGUGCUGUGGCCGCAGCUGUGUGAAGCGCUCAACAUGAAAUUCAAGGCCGAAGUGCAGAGCAACCGGGGCCUGACCAAGGAAAACCUCGUGUUCCUGGCGCAGAAGCUGUUCAACAGCAGCAGCAGCCACCUCGAGGACUACAACAGCAUGUCCGUGUCCUGGUCCCAGUUCAACAGGGAGAAUUUACCAGGACGGAAUUACACUUUCUGGCAGUGGUUUGAUGGUGUGAUGGAAGUGUUAAAGAAACAUCUCAAGCCUCAUUGGAAUGACGGGGCUAUUUUGGGUUUCGUGAAUAAGCAACAGGCCCAUGAUCUACUCAUUAACAAGCCCGAUGGGACCUUCCUGCUGAGAUUCAGUGACUCUGAAAUUGGCGGGAUCACCAUCGCUUGGAAGUUUGAUUCUCAGGAAAGAAUGUUUUGGAAUCUGAUGCCUUUUACCACCAGAGACUUCUCCAUUCGGUCCCUGGCCGACCGCCUGGGGGACCUGGAUUACCUUAUCUACGUGUUCCCCGAUCGGCCGAAAGAUGAAGUAUACUCCAAAUAUUACACACCAGUUCCAUGCGAGCCUGCCACUGCUAAAGCCGUGGACGGAUACGUGAAGCCACAGAUCAAGCAAGUGGUCCCUGAGUUUGUGACGUCUGCAGACUCUGCUGGGGGCAGUGCCACCUACAUGGACCAGGCCCCCUCCCCGGCUGUGUGUCCCCAGGCUCAUUACAACAUGUACCCACAGAACCCUGACCCCGCCCUUGACCCCGACGGGGACUUCGAUCUGGACGACACGAUGGACGUGGCGCGCCGUGUGGAGGAACUCUUGGGCCGACCUAUGGACACUCAGUGGAUCCCUCAUGCGCAGUCAUGACCUCCAUCGCCUCCGUCAGCUUCUUGGUCCUCGCGAGAGGAGUUCCUCUUGUGGAUGUUUUAAUUCCAUGAAUCGCUUCUCUUUGGAAACAAUACUCAUAAUGUGAAGUGUUAAUGCUAGUUGUGACUUUAGUGUUUCUGUGCAUGGUGACCCCAGUGCAGGGAGUGUGUGUGUGUGUGUGUGUGUGUGUGUGUGUGUGUGAGUUUGUCCGUGUGGUGUUCCUCCCCCUUGCUGUCCAGACAGAGGCUGUGGUUGUUUGAACCUUGUGCACAAAGGCAGUUGGCUCCACGAGCCCUGGCACAUGGCCGUGUGUCUUGAGGGUGGCUGGACUUUGACGUGUGGCUGUUCAAGUAAGAAGGACGCAGGGAGGAGAAAGCACCUCCUCUCUGGUGAGUCUUUGUCACUGUGUUUGCCAGGCAAUUGUGCUAUAACCAUGAUUGUCUCUGCUUUUCUUCUGCAAUGUGGAAACCGCCUCCUGACAAAGAAUGCCAGUCCUCCCCCCAGUCCCCCACCCCAUUUUCCCGAGUAGGGAUGGGGAAAGGGGCAACUUAGGAGGAUUGUGGGGGCAAGGGGAGCCAGGGGUCUUCGGAUGGGUCGUGGCUUUUAUAAAUAACACGUAACCCGUCUUCGUGUUUUCUCCGUCCCUCCUGCCCUCCCUGGCUGUGUCCCUCUCUCCUCCUCUCACUCAGUCCCUCUGUGUGCACACACGUGCAGAUGAACUAGAGGGCAGAAGAGAGGGUCACGCCACCGAAGCUUACAGUGUUGGUGUCCUUUGUGUCGCGGCCAGAGUGGAACGCCCAGCCCUGACCCGCAGGCGCCGAGAACGUCGCCUCGUCGCCCAGGGAAGCUGCCGUCCCAUCUGCCCGUCCUUCCUCCGCGCUGGGAGGCUGACCGAUGCCAGCUCUUCGCAAAUGUCGGACGGUGUUUUUGCUUCUAACUUGGGACUUCUUGUUUUCCCCUCCCCACCCUCAUCUGACAGCGAAGUUCUCUCUUCCUGUGUCAGGUCCUGUGCCAUUCCUACCCAGGUCACCCCAUUUCCCUUCACUGAUCGUGCGCGAUGUCUCGGGGAGCGGGUGGCAGGAGUGCGGUCCGAACCCAGGGCCAGCGUGUCUAGCAGGUGUUGUUGCCCACCUGGUGCAGGGUGCUGGGUGUCAGGCAGUGGGGGUUUGGGGAAGUGCAGUCAGCAGGUUUGCGGGAAGUUUGGUAAGCUGCAGAAACAAAAAGCCUCAAGCAUAAUUUCGUCCGUAGUUUCUUCCGUGGCUCCACACCAGAAGGAAGGAAUGGGCUGUGGCAGGCAGGUGGGAAGAGAGGGGAACAGGCAUAGUUUUCAGGUUAGGCCUAUAAGGUCGCCCCCAGCCCCCUCUCCGAAAGGAUAUGACUAGGCCCAAGAAAUAAUGGCCCUAAAAACCGUAUUUUUAUAUGUGUGAGUAAAUAAACAUAUUUUUUUUACAAAAACUAA